AUGGGAGGAGAAGCCAUUAGGGAAGUGUACAACGGCAGCUACUAUUACGAAGAACAAACCGACUUCUAUGAAGUACUGGGGAUUUCUCGAGAUGCAUCUGCAACUGAAAUCAAAAAGGCAUACCGAAAGCUGGCGCUGAUACAUCAUCCAGACAAGGUUCCUGAAGCACAGCGUGAAGAAUCGGAACAAAAGUUUAAGGACAUUUCUCGGGCUUAUGAAGUUUUAUCAGACGAGGUUGAACGAGCCAAGUAUGACAGUGGAGCUGGACUUCAUGGAGAUCAUUAUGACGAAGAUGGGUUUACUGCGGAGGACUUUUUCCGGUUUUUCACAGACACUUCUGCACGCCACGGAUUCAGUGGGUACGGGUAUCAAACACCAGGUUACGGCAAUGGCCAUGAUGGAUAUGAAGAGCCGCAACCCCCACCAAAGAAUGGAGCAACAACCGGGGGGAAGACAGAGGAUGGACAUGUGGAGUUCCAGGUAAACCUAGAGGACUUUUACAAGGGCAAAGUGGUCAAGUUUACAAGCAAGCGCAAGAAACUGUGCUCAACAUGCAAGGGAUCUGGUGGACGGCCCAAGACUAAGGCUCGCAAGUGUGCCAAGUGUGAAGGCCAUGGUAGCAUUCGCAAGCAGUUUAAUCUGACGGGGAUCUCAACAUGGCGAUACGUGGAGUGCAGCAGUUGUAAGGGUCGCGGAGAGCUGUUUCGACAAAAGGACAAAUGCAAGGAAUGUUCUGGGUGCGGUCUUGUGGAUGAGGUUAAGAUUUUGGAGGCCUAUGUUCCUAGAGGAGCGUCGGAUGGGUACAAGAUUGUGCUUGACGGAGAGGCUGAUGAAGAGUAUGGCAAGAAGACUGGAGCAGUUGUGAUUGAGGUUCAGGAGAAACCGCAUGCUGUGUUUGAGCGUAAGAAAGAGGAUCUUUAUGCAACAAUCAAGAUUUCGCUUGCCGAAGCAGUGUGCGGGCUUUCGCGGGUGGUGCUGAUGCACUUGGACGGACGCGGUAUCCGGGUGACGACGCGUCCUGGGACUGUGAUUCGGCCAGACCAGGUGCUCAAAGUUUCUGGAGAGGGAAUGCCCUUCCCGCGAUCUGAUCGUUGUGGUGAUUUGUAUCUUUCGGUAGACAUUGAGUUCCCACCCAAUGGUUGGUGCGUGGAGUCUAGCGACUUGCGCAAACUGCGUGAUAUGCUGCCAGAGUUACCAGUGGGGAUGCGGCCAGGCAAAAGUGGUUCUGGGGUGAAUGGCGUGAGUGGUGGUAUUGGGAAUGGCAUGGGAGUGAAUGGUGGGAAGAAGAAGGCAGCAGCAACUGCAGAGACAAUUAUUGAUGAUGUUGAUUUUGUGGUGAUUUCAAAAGAUAAAUUGCCUGAGUACCGAGAAGUACCAGAGGAGUCGAAUGGCAGUGAUGGUGGGUACACACAGUUCCCAGGGGAAGGAUGCAAGACUCAAUAA